UGUCAUUUGACCUUUGUUAUCUGCCAAAUGACCACUUUACGCGUAAAAGAGACGCGUCCACCUGAUAUCGAGUUUGCAUGUGAAGAGCGAGUCCAGCCGACCAGCCAUACCGACAUCGACUGUCCAGUGACUAUCUCACGAAUAAGCGUGAAGAGCAUCUAUCAGUGGCGGUUCAAAACAGUGUUCAAAGCAGUUGAAAGACCGAGGAACCAGCAUCAAAUCGGCCAUUCGGCACCUAUAUGGAACAAACCACAAAGCAGUGCUAGAACUCAGCCAUUCUUGAAGGUUGAUAAGAGCCGUAAUCAUGCUAAUCGGCAUCACCGGCUCAAUCUGCUCCGGCAAACACACCACAGCAGAAUACCUAGUCCAACACCACGGCUUUCUACGUCUUCACCUCCCAACACCAUCACAACUACAACCUCUUCCCAACCACUCCAGUGCCGACUCCAACGGCACGUCAGAAGAGGCUCGAGCACAAUUCCUCCCAAGCGUGACAGAUCAAAAGGGCACACGAGGCCUCACAUUCCCCGACGUCGACAGUCUCCUCGAGUUCGUCACCAAGCGUUGGCGCGAACACUGGGUUCUGACAGACAUCUACGACGAAGCUACCCUCGAAUUACUCUUAAGACGACCGUUCUUCUUGUUACUCAACGUCGAUGCACCAGUUGGUGUACGGUAUCAACGCUUCUGUGAGCGCUGUCGUCGCCGGUCCCUCACCCCCCUGCCCCUCGAAGUCUUCAUAUAUCAUAACGACCUCCAACUCUAUGGCUCACGAAGUCUCGCUUCUUCAUCAACACAAUCAACCACCAACUCUCCUCCCGCAAGCACAGCUAGCGCGACAGGAACAAUCCACCUCCUCGCCCGUUCCCACGUACAGAUCCUCAACGCCCACCCCACUCUCGAGGCGUACCACUCUUUCCUCGCAACCCUCGACCUCCCCAGUCCCAUACGUCUUCGCCCAACGUGGGACGCCUACUUCAUGACCCUCGCUUCCCUGGCAUCCCAACGCUCAAAUUGCAUGAAACGCCGCGUCGGGUGCGUCCUAGUGCACAACGCCCGGAUCAUUAGUACAGGGUACAACGGCACACCGCGCAAUCUGACGAAUUGUAACGAAGGAGGUUGUGCGCGGUGUAACAGCGCCUCAUCAGGCGGAUCCGCAUUGUCGACGUGCCUAUGUCUUCACGCGGAAGAGAAUGCUCUCCUCGAGGCUGGCCGCGAACGAAUUCGUGAGGGAAGUGUCUUGUACUGCGAUACGUGUCCUUGCUUGACCUGCUCCGUGAAAAUCGCGCAGGUGGGCGUCAAGGAGGUUGUUUACAGUCAGGGAUACAACAUGGACGAUGCAACUCGGCGCGUGCUCAAAGAGGCCGGAGUCGGGUUGAGACAGUUCAUACCGCCGAAGAGUGGACUCGUGGGCUUCUCAAUAGACGACAGCGAGGGAACGGAAUUAGUCGUUCGAAACGGUACAAAGCUAAACUAUUGACAGUAACAAAACCCAUGGGUAUUGGUGACAACCGCUAAAACCUGUUGCAUGUGAAGACAGUAUUCAUGACCAGAUAAUCUAGGACCAUUCUAAGGCUUGUGGCCAGCUUGUCUUUCCAAUCCUUCAUGAGACAGUGGCUUGUCUGCUUGUGGCUCGACAUAUCUACGCUCUUCCAGUGUACCC